CGGCCACAAGGGUUCAGCUGGGCAAGGAACACACAUGGACACACGCCCAACAGAAAUUUGUUCAUUAUUCUGGUGGACACAACCCCGUCCAGGAGCUUCCAGUGCGGCCUUCUUACCCCUUGUUUCCCUAAAGACAAAGGGCUCCUGACGGUGUGAACUUUCCUGGAAGGACACACACACACACACACACACACACACACACACACACACACACAACACACACACAUGCACUGAUUGCUGGCGUUCGCUCGAGGGAUUAGCAGCGUGUUACCUGGAUUACCUCUGGUGUGGUUUGCAGUAAUGGCAGGUGCCGCGGAGUGACUCGGGUGGCGAGUAGUGGAGGGUCGCAGCUGCACUUCUUACGAAUGCCUGAUCUCGGACAGCUUCCUGCUCACUCGCAUCCAAGGUGUUCCCGUCAUCACCUGCCAUGCCGCCCUCCCCCGACCGCCUCCUCCUUCUCCUCCUCCUCCUCGCUUCCUCUACCUUCCUCGCAGGGGCGUCGAAAGCGGUGCUGGGAAAACCGGAGAUCUUCCCGAACCGAAGCGAGAUUGUACUGGAGGCCGGAGAGUCACUUAACCUGACGUGCCGCGCCGCCCACCCCGUCGCCUGGUGUAGUGACCAUAAAUUCACCACCGAACACUAUGAGGAGCUUUACGAUGAAACGGACGACAAAGCGUACAUCAGCACACUCACGAUCGAUGCAGUCAACACAUCCCACGUUGGUUAUUUCUCCUGCGUCUUCAACACCAGCGAGAACAGGGAGAGCAAUAACUGCAAUGUCAGCGACCCAUCCAUCACCUCCCUCUACUUGUUCGUCAAAGACCUGGAAAAUUUCAUGGUGACGCUUCAGAAUGGCAUGGUGCUGCACACACAGGUGGGGGAAUCUGUCGUCCUUCCCUGCAGGCCCACCUUCCCUCAAGUGAACAUGACCCUUAGCAAGAACUACGAGCCCUACACAUGUGAGUCAUGGGAGGAUUGUAGUUACGACCCGCGGGAAGGCUUCACCGUCUGGAUCAAUGAGGAGUACACCCACUUCACCUGCAUACCGGUGUACUACGACCGCGAGUUAGCUUGGAUUGACAUUAUCAUCCGAGCCCAAAAGAGUUUGAUCGAGAAGCCUAACCAGCCCACGGUGGAUGUGGAGGGCGACUGGCAGGAAGAUGGGCGGGAGGACACCACUGUGUACUACGUGAGGGAAGGCACCAGUGUUAACCUCACUUGUCUCUACCAAUUCGAUGAUCCACCCUCGACAUUGAAACUUGAGUGGAAUGACAAUUCAUCAAACAAAAGCGGCACUCACAGGAUCAUAAGGCAAGUCUACAGCGACACACAAGAUAAAGGCCGAUACUAUGAGAUCAACAAUGCCACAAUGCAAGAUUCCGGGAUAUAUUCGUGUCAGGCAAAGAAGCAUCACCAGUAUUCUGAUGCCUCAAGACUCAACAUCAGUGUCGUAGCCAAGGAUGCCACAUACCUCACCACCACCAUCUUCAACCGUAACGUGACGAAGGUGGAGAAGAACCAUCCAGUCCAGUGGGAGAUUAUCUUCAUAGCACACCCAGAACCAGUCUUUCAGUGGAAGAAACAAGAUAAACUGCUGCUAGACUCCAGGAAGAAAACGUCAAGAAACCAGCGCAUGAAUCACGAGAUGAAGGUGACGGUGGAGGAGGCGUCACUGUCACUCUUCUUGCACCACCCGAAACUGGAUGACAAUGGGAAGUACACUCUGGAAGCGUUCCUACCCGGCACCAACAUCACCACCACCACCACCAUGUUCCUCAUGAUUCCAGGCAAGCCUAAAGAUGUGGUGAUAAAGAGUCUUAACGACAACCAGAUGUUCAAGGAGGGGGACAGAUUCAGCCUCACGUGUUCAGCGCAAGUGUUUGGACAAGUCCGCUUCUUGUUCCUGAGUGAGUGUGUUUGUGUUUGUGUUGUGCAGGACGGUCGCGGAUACAAUGAGCUGAGGGAGGACAGCGGCAUGGACGAGGACGACCACAGCAGCAUGGUGAAGCGAAGCGUCCACUGGAUCGGUGUUGCUCAACACCCUGGAUCGUACCUGUGCAAGGCGGAAAAUGACCAGGGACAAGUAUAUUCUUCCAGUAAGAAGUUCCUGGUGACGGACGGAGAGUCUCUGGUGCCCAUUGCGUUGAGGUUGGAAAUCGGUGGCGAGGUGAGGGGCGUGAUGGGCAACACCGCCACUGUAGUGGAGGGAGACGACUUCAAGCUCACCUGUCGGGCCAACAAGGUGACGGCUAAAGCACCGCUCACCUGGACUCUCAACAACAACCCUCUAGAUCAGGCUACUAGGAAGACUUGGGCCAUGGAGGUCACCGACAAUGACACCCGCCUGUCCCUCGUGUCGACGGUGAGGGCCACAAGCCUCCCUCGCAGUGCUGGGAACUUCUCCAUCAGGUGUGCAGACCAAGCUGGCAACCACACUGACAUCGUCAUCAACUUGGAAGAGAUGGUCCAGCCGGAAUGGAGAGGAAAGAAGGAUCCGGGGAAGGACUACAACAGGAACAAGAAUGACAACCUGACACUGAGCUGUCCGGCCGACGGCACUCCUCGUCCCAAGGUCACCUGGAAGAAGGGACAAGAGCUUGUACAGGAAAAUAACUGGCGAAAGAUAAGAAACAAUUACGAACUCUUCUUUGAAAUCUUGUCGUCCUCAGAUACUGGAAAAUACACGUGUGAGAUCAGCAACAGAGCGGGAAAUCUGUCAGCCUUCUUCAACGUGACCGUGAACGAUCCCGAUGACCAGAAGACUUUGGUGAUUCUGUCCAUAGUGGGCGUGCUCAUCGUGGCCUUGGUGGUGAUGAGCGUGUUCCUCUGCAGGAGGAUCUACCAGGCCAGGAAAGAGACACUGAACCUACAACUUCGCGAGCAGAAGAUGUUUAUAGAGGGAGACCCGAGCAGUCUUAACCCUGACAUUCCGCUGGAGCAACAAGCUGAGCUGCUGCCGUACAACACCAAGUACGAGGUGUCCAGGGACUCCAUCAUCUUUGACAAACUGCUGGGGACAGGAGCAUUCGGGAGGGUGUACCGCGCCACGGCGCUCAACCUCCAGCCCGGCGAGCCGCACACCACCGUGGCUGUCAAGAUGAUGAAGUCCCGCACUGACUGCUCGCAACUCAAAGCUCUGCGCUCCGAGGUGAAAAUCAUGAUCCACAUCGGAAGGCACGCCAAUAUCGUCAAUCUCCUCGGUGCUUGCUCCAAGGACCUCGCUUCCAAAGGGGAGCUGCUGCUGCUGGUGGAAUACUGCAAGCAUGGCAACAUCCUCGACUACAUGCGCCGCCAUCGCCGCGACUUCGUCAACCAAAUCAACGCUGAAGACAAGAUCGAUCCGACUUUCCGCGAGCCGCGACCUAGACACAGGAGUGACUCCAGCUCAAGGAGCCACACUUCCCAUGGUCUCAAGUACACACACCUCAACUUCCACCAAGACAACGUGUUUUACGGCACCACUCAGGCUUCUGACGGACCCACAGCCACGUCUCCAAACCUUCUGUCCCCCGCCAUGACUGACGGCGACGCUGGCUGUCGCCCAUUCCGAGCCAGGACCGUGUCGGCUUCCUCCACCACCCACCACAUGGCCUCCGACAACAGCUUCCUUCCCUGCGAGACCAGCACUGGCACGUCAGACGGAUACCUCAGUGCCCACUCCUUGAAUACUUCCCAUGUACUCUGCUCCACUAACCUGCUGGAGUGGGCCUACCAGAUCGCCAAGGGCAUGGAGUACCUGGCAUUCAAGAAGGUGCUGCACGGCGACUUGGCUGCCAGAAACGUACUUUUGGCUGAAAACAAUGUCGUCAAAAUCAGCGACUUUGGACUUGCGAAGGACAUCUAUAAGAACAAUAAUUACAAGAAAGUUACCAAUGGUCCCGUGCCGGUGAAGUGGCUGGCUGUGGAGUGUCUGCGGGACGGGGUGUUCUCCACGCAGAGUGAUGUUUGGUCCUUUGGCGUGGUGCUGUGGGAGAUCUUCAGCCUCGGACAAAUUCCGUACUCGUGUAGCGAGUUCGACGAAAGCUUCAUCCUUAAGCUGGAGAAAGGCAUCCGCCUUGAGCAACCCCGCUACUCCACCUACGGCCUGUACCGCCUGAUGUUGGAAUGCUGGAACACUGAGCCCAUGGAACGACCUUCCUUCACCAGCCUGGAGGCCAGUCUGGGAGACAUGCUGGGCGAGGUACAACGACAAAACUAUCUACAGCUCACUGAGGCCUACGAGGAGAAUGUUUCAAGUGAGUUUCUGGACUUACUCGCAAGUCAAGACUACUCGGCCAAGAUGCGCCAGCCCACACCGCUACCUAACGAGGAUGGCUACGAGAUGCCCUUCAGUCCCGGUGUGGCGCCUCAACUGACGGUGCAGGCCGACCGCCUCUCCACACCGACCCGCCUCACAAACCGACAGAAAGAGUACCUCUGCGCUGUGGAAGGCGAACACUCCGCCAGCUCUUACGUGCCCAUGUCCGCUGACCGCACUGACGCCAAAACCGUGUUCGAUUUUGACGACGAGACGGUGGCGUGCAUCAUGGGCCGCCCUGAGAAAGAAGAAUACGGUAACCAAGACCUUUACCUGAGGAUGGACAAGCCUUCACCGGAGCCCCACACUCCAGAUGCCGUCAACGGACGUCAACACUCUCCACGCCGCACCAUUCUCAAGAGCAUUUCAUCACAGGGAUCCCAACGUGGUCGACACCGACAACUGACUAAACACGACAGUGGCGUGUACAGCCCCACCGUUCUGGCACACACCAACCCAGAGUACUUGGCUAUGAGCACCCUGCUGUCGACCGACGACCACAACUACAUAGACACAGGGGCCAGCGAAGCUAACGGUCGUGUAUACGCCAACCUCAGCACCGGUAACGCUGACAAGGCGCGUCAGUAUGUAGGUGACACCAAAUGCGCCGCUGAAUACGCCAAUCUCAUCCCACAGGACUCUGGGUGUGACCGUACUGAAUCAGACACCUCAAGUGGAGUGGACUCUAUAGAGGGGAGCAGUCCGCCUCGAGGGAUAGAGAUAGACAAAUUCAAUGUCCCGCCCAUCCCAGAGGAGGCCCUGGUUGUGUAACAGAUUGUGAAAAGUAGUGGGUUCGUGUACUAACUUGGGUUCGAUAUUCUUACUUCCUAUGUGUGUGUGUAUGUGUGUGUGUGUGUGUGUGUUUCUAAAAGCAGAGUGUCGUUUUCACAUACUGCUCCUAGAGUUUAUAAAGGUAGUGCACAUAUAUUUCUUAUAAUGAUGAUGCUUACCACCGUCCCUCGCAUUAGUGGCGCUCGUGUAAGAGUACCGAACAUUGAGAAUUCCUCUCGAUGGACUGUACAUACAUUACUUACAUAGGUACGUUUGAACCUUUUAGUCUACAUGCACUGUCUCAAAGUAUCCUUUCCUGUGUUUCCACCUCCACCUAUUCGUGUUCGCCUUGAUUCACCGGACUGUGUUACAAAUCAUUCCUACUUUUAAGAUAAUGAACCAAAGAGGAAAGAAAGACGGACAGACAGACAGACAGACAGACAGAAAGAAAGAAAGAAAGAAAGAAAGAAAGAAAGAAAGAAAGAAAGAAAGAAAGAAAGAAGAAAUAAAGAAAAAGAGAUGAGGAACAGAUUGAAUGGUAGAAGCAAAGAUAGACGAAACAAUAAAAAAAAAAUAAGGACAAACAAGUAAAAAAUGAAAAGAAUACGAGAACGGAAUAACUGAAAGUGAAAGACAAGUGAAAACCAUGAAAUCAUAUUCAAAAACUUCUUGUCCGCUCACUUCCACUCACUUGCACUGUGCUUUGUGUUUGUCCUCAAAUCUAAGUUGUCUGUCUGAUCUGGUGAUGGUCUCCCUACAAAACCUUCUCCUUAUAAAUAAAACCUGGACAUUGA